AUGAAUGAUAAACAAUGUGAAAGUGUGGGUUCAUCCAUCGAUAGUACCCUGUUCAAUGUCCUGGCCAUAGGUAGGGAUAAAAGUAAACAGACAUUAGAAGAGAUAAAGGAGCUGCAAGAAAAAAAUAAAGAACUUAUGCAAAAUGAAUUGAAAGAGUACGAAAUUAUUAAUCAGUUAAUUAGUGACAAUCCGGGAAUCCUCCCGGAAUUAGUAAGCAGUUUUAGUGAUUCUGCAAGGGGUGGAUUUAUAGAUGCUCAUGUGGGUGGUUCAUCUGUACAAGAUGGAGGAUUCCAAGGUGAUGAGUCUUCCAGGUUAAGCGACUUACUCAGGCGGGAAGGAGCAGAGACAGGUGAAUCUAUGUAUGAUGACCAUGGCAUAAUGACCCGAAGAAAUCAUAUCAAACCGAGCGAAAGUGGUAGACAAAAGGGAGAAAUGAAUCCAUGCCAUGCCAGUACCAAUACCCAUUUGGAAGAGAACCAAGUGAAUGCAAAAAAAAAAGUUAAUAAGGAAAGGUUCCAACAUUUAAGCAUAAAUAAACAGAUAAAGAAAGAAGCAAAAGUUUCAGAAACAGUAGCAGAGAAAGAAAAUAGAAAAAUGUGUAAACAUGAAGAGAUUAUUCCACUUGAAAUUGUUUAUGAUAAAUGGCCCCAUCGGAUGAAUAUAUUACAUCUAAAAAAGAAAAUAGAAAAACAGAGAAUGGCUUUAUCAGAUCCAAAGGAAUAUCGCACAAAUUCUAUUUUACUUAACGAGAUGAAGAAAAUAAGAGAGUUAUCUUUAAGUGAUGGAAUCAUUUUGAAAAAUAAGAAAAUGAGUUUAUUACAUGAACGAAGGAGCCAAGUAGAAAAACAAAACUGUGAUGUGAAAAAUGUUGAAAAAAAGGGAACAACAAUUCUCUCCUUACCGUUUGAAGAAAUUAAAAAUAAAUGUAACAAAGAAGGAGGAAUUACUGAAAAUGUUUUGAUGAGUAAUAAGUUCCACAGUUCAUUCAGUUCUAAAGAUGAGGACGAGUAUAUAUUGGGAGAUUCAUUCAUUACAGCGUUGAGGAAUGAAUAUAAUAACGAUAAAUCAAAGAAAAGAAACAGUAACCAUUGUAAGGUUAACAUAGGAAUGGAAGAAAUGGAAAAUGAGAAAGAGAAAGAAUGGAAAAUAUUUUCCAUUUUAGCAGAUAGGAGAAAUGCAAAUAAUGAUAGUAAAAUGCAAAUGAGUUAUGAAGCGAGCUAUGAAAUGAAAGAACAUGAAUGUGUAAAUGGUUUAAAAAGUGAUCAUUACGUAGAUCGUUCAAUUGGUGAUAAAGAGAUUUCAUCCAGUGAUGAAGACAUCGUUAGUGAUAAUGCACGAAUAGGUACUCAUGGAGGAUCAUGUAUAGAUUCCUGUGAAGACAGAAUUCUAAAUAGAAUAGAUGCACACUACUUCAUAGAGGAGGGGGAGGAAGAUAAUAGUAAUCGGAGGAACGAUUCAUUUUUUCUGAACAGAAUAGACACAGAAAUGUCUAAGGAGGAUGAAUUCUUAGAUACACGAUACACAAUUGCAAAAAGGUAUUCAAGUGAUACUGGAAAAGAGAAAGAUUGGACAGAAGUUAUAAUACAUUUUUCAAGAUUAAAGGUAGAGGAAUUUUUUAAAGAGAAAUUGGAAAAUUAUGAAGAUUUCUACCUAUCUAUUUGUGUGCCAAUUUCUUAUAAAAGUGAGUCUAAUCGAAUGGGUACAGAAAAACGUGGAAGAUGCAAAAGUGAAAACGAUUUAAAUAGAUACAAGUUAAGAACAAAGGGUGAAGAAUUUGUUUUGUUUAAUAUGGGAAGAGAACAAGAAAGAAAAGAAGUGAACGAAGAAGGAGCAAAAAAACAAAAAGGUAGAAGAAAAAAUAACAACAGUAGUUUUGUUCAAAUUGGAAAGGGGGAGGUAGUAGUGCAUGACGAAAAGAUGCUCGAGAAUAAUAAUUCCAUAAUCUAUGAUAAAUUUCUUUUAAAAAGUAAACACGUGAGUGAAAAUUACAUCGAGAUUUGUGAAGAUUUACAUUAUAAGGUGGAUAGACAAAUUUUUUAUAACAUGGAAAAGUUACCCCUUUUGUUAUGCGCCACUGUAAAUGAAAAAGAAGAAAAGGAAAAAAAAAAAAAAAAAAAAAAAAGUUCAUCAAAUAUGAACAUAUUAGAAGAAAAAAAUAGGAAUAUUGUUAAGAUGCUUAAUCAUCCAUUCAUUAUUCCUUAUUGUUGUGAAAUUCUUGGAUAUGCAGAAAUUCCAUUUAUGUCACAAAUUAGUGUGGAAAUACCAUUAAAGCAGAUAUACCUCCAGGAAAAAUGCUUAACCAGUUUCGUCAAGCGAUCAAGUAUCAUCACUUUUUUACACAUUGUCAUUCAGAUAAUAUUAAACAAGGAAGAAAAAUUAUUUUAUAAGAGUGAAAAGAAAUCAAAGGGACGUUCCUUAACGGAACCUGUAAUAAGUGGAAAAGUUUGUCAUUUGUCAGAACAGAUGUUCCGUUUGAAUGGGAUACCUUUCUUCUCACCUGAGGAUGACAUUCAUCAGGGUUGUAAGAUGAGUAAGUCCAAUCAGUGUGUACCUGGGAUAAGAAAUGAAAGCAGAACCCGAAUGAGUGAUGAAGAGAAGUGGGAAUCAUUGAAUAAAUGGCCCCAAAUGAAAUUCGCUGCACAGAAAGAACAUGUAGAUGAGAGAAAAGCAGACGAAGUCAUGUCAGCACAGAGGGGUGAAGCAGAAAUUGGAGAUGCACAUGAUUACAAAGCAGAAAAAGACGAUGCAGAAGAAGAUGUAAUAGCAUUUUCUGAAGCGAACGAAAUUUCAGCAGAAAAAACUUGCAGUGCAGAGGAUGUGCUCUACAUCUAUAUACACAAAAUGAUGAAUCUGUCAAAGAGGAACUUUGAGAAAUUAUCUAUAUGCUUGAGGUUUCACAAAGAUGAAAAGUAUGAAUACAAAAGUUUCAGUUUGGUGGAUGAGAAAAUAUUCAACAUCUUGCUGUGUUCCAAAAGGAAGUUAAUUGAGCUAAGGGAGGUGAUACUGGAGGUUUGGAGGAAUGAUCCCCAAGACAGAAAAUCAGGAGAUUUUGAAAGAUCUGGAGAUUUUGAAAGAUCUGGAGAGUUUGAAAAAUCUGGAGAAAGCAACCAUGACAAGCUUAACCUCGUUAAGGAUGCGAGUGAAAAUUUGUACUCUAGCGAAAAUCAGAAAGAUUGCAUUGGAAUUAUAAAAAUUCCAAUCAAAGAGAUUAACCAUAAUACAGACAUCAUGUGUCUUGAAAAAUAUUUCGAAAUGAGUUUUCGCUUCUACGAAGAUAUCAAUUUUAUGUUUCGAAUUAUUUUGAUGAGAGGGAAAAAAAGCACACACAAAAAAAUUCAUCAAUUUUGUGAAAAGUAUAUUGAAAAUUAUGAUAAUGAAACGACGAGAUAUUCCUUGUUAUAUGAAGAUAAUCAUAUGAAAGAAUCUGCAAUCAGUUCUGCUUUAAUACAACGGGAUGAUGAUGAGUUAGGUGUAGAAAAGUCCUCUACUUCUACUGAUGAUCCUGUGGAUGAUGUGAGAUCCUCUCUUUCCAUUAAUGAGCAAUAUUUUAUUUAUGAUUCUGAUAGUUUGAACAAUAAUGAAUAUUAUAUGUAUGAAAUUCAAAGAGAAAUUUUACACAGAGACGCUAAUAGUACUAAUGUAAUUGCUAGUGUGAUUAGGAAAAGUAAAACAGCACGUGGAGUAAACAAUGUAUUGGAAAUGCCAAAUUAUUUGGUUAAAAAGACCAAUAGUGAAGACAUAUCAGCCGCUUGUAGAUACAUCCUUGAAAGUGAUGAAAAUGAGAAAGAAGAAAUGUACUUAUCAGAUAAAUUUAAAAAAGACAGCAGAUAUAUAGAAGGAAUGAAAGAUGAAAAUUCAGAAAUUUAUCUAGAAAUAGAACUAAUCAAGGAUGAGCUGCUGUUAAGAGGAAUAAAAGAAUAUACAGUUGAUCAUAUGAUAGCAGAUUUGAAAAAAAAAUCAAUUGUAAAUAAUGAUAAAUACAUUUUGAAAACACAAUUGGAAGAAUACAUCGAUAAAAUAUUUAACAAGUGGGAAAAGUUAACAGGUAAAUUAUUCAUUCGAAAUAAGAAGAAAAUGUUCCUAAAUGAUGUGUGUGAAUAUUUAGAUAAUUUAUAUAUUGAUGAUGAUAGAUAUAUAAGCAAGGAAGAAUUUUUUAUAUUCUUUCAAGAUGUAGGAAUUGUAUUCGUAGACUCAACUGUGUUUGAUGAAUUAUGUUUAUUAUUUUAUGACAAACAGAGGGGUGAAAUUUAUUUUUCUGCAUUUUCUUCUUUAAUUAUAAAAAAGGGUGUUGAAGAACUGAAAAAUAUGGUUUAUGGCUACGAUAUUUUAUUGAAAUUAUUCUCUUAUUUUUACAUGCACAAGGUAACUCUGGAAUCGUUAGAAAAUGAGUUAGUAAAAAUUAGUUUACAAACGAAGAAUUAUUAUUCAAUGAAAAUUAAAAAAUACUUCUCCUCUGAGAAGUUAACAAGUUCUACUAUUCACCAUGAAGGAAGAAGUAGAAGAAGAGGAAGAAGAAGAAGAAGAACUCCGUCCCCCACCAAUAAUGAAAAUUUAGAAUUUUUUUUAAAAAACGACCAAAAUCUCUGUUCAUGCACAUCUCUACUAUUUUUACAUUCCAUCAAAUUUAUGCUCUCUAGAUAUAGCAAUAAUGAUUUUACAACAUACGACUUGUUCUUUCUUGUUAAAUAUAUAUUGCAAACACAAUGCAAAUAUUCAGGGGAGGAUACUCAAAUCCUCGUGAGUGUUAUCAAAGGUAUCGAAUCUGUUAAUUUGACGUUCUUCCUAACCCUUUACCAUAUGUAUGUGUGCCAGCACAAGGUUGAUGAAAAUGAACCUGAUAAUAGAACCCAUAAACAAAUGAAGCAUGAUCAACGGGAUCAAAUGGAAGAGAUCACGCACCCAAGUAUACCAAACUUCACAGAUGAUGAACAAGAACAAAAGGAACAUAUCCCACUAAGAAAAGAAAAUCAAAAUAGUUAUAAUAAAAAAAAAGAGACACAGAUUUGUGAAAGUGUUCUCAUAUCAUCUUGUAAUGAAAGCAGCGUUUCUUGGUGUCACACAGGUAAUAUGAAUGAAAAGAUACUGGUAGAAAGUAAUAUGCAUGAAUAUAAAAUUGAAACAAAAAACCAAACAGAGGGUGAAGUAAAAUCAAAGAGUAGCGAUGUAGAUAUACAAAUGGACAAAAGUGAAAAAAGAAUUAUGACUUUUUUUACGCUGAAAAAUAAUGGUAAGGAAGAUAUAUCUCCACUGAAAGUGAAUCCAGAAAAAUUCAUUGCAAACACAUUUCAAAGGAACUGCUCCUUAGAAGAGAAGAAAAAUGGAAUGGUUAAUCUGGAUUUGACAAAUGAAGAUUUUCAAAACGAAUUAUUGAAAAGAUCUCUUAUCUGUAUGGAAGAGACAAAUAGUAAUUACAACCGACUUGACAAUUCUAACGAUUCAGAAAAGAAAAAUGAAAAAAUUUUUCACAUCCAUGCUAAAAGUCUAGCUGAUUAUGAUACACCUUUGAAUGUACAUGGGAAGAAACACUUGUAUGUAAUGAACACGAGAAAAUGGUGUAAUAAUAAUACAGUUGAGAGGAAAAAUAUAAAUAUGCAUGGAGGAGGUAUAAAGAAAGCUUAUAAAAAUGGACUCAUUAUUUUGUAUUGUAGAAUUGUAAGCGGAUUUAUAACAGUGGAAUAUAUAUCCCAGUGUUUAUUUCACUAUUUUGGAAAAAGAAAUGAUGAUAGGAAAAGACAGAAUGAUAAAGUUUCCAUACUGAAACUAUUCGAUCAGAUGGGUAUUUACACAUCAUACGACAUUGCUACGUGUAUGUUGAAUUGGUAUGUACGUGAGGUAAUUCUGAAUAUGGAAGAUGAUAAGGAGUGUACAUCUGGUAGAUGUUAUGUUGGAGGGGCUAAGGACGUAAUGGAAGCGAACAGAUGGGAGACGAAAGAAUUUGAACCACAUCUGUGUGGAGUGAAUCGUCUGCAAAAUGGGGAUUCCUCGAAUCGGCUGAAAAAUCUAACUGCAAUCAACCACGCACACAACAUAAAGAGAAUCAUCGAAAGACACAUACUAAAAGAAGAAGUAGGAGGAAAUAUGUUUUCAGGUAGCACACUGGAAGAUUUUUUUUCCCUACUAAAAGAAAGAAACAUAGGCAUAGAUAUAUUUUCGAAAAAGAACAUUUUCACUUAUAGCGAUUUUUAUGAAGAAAUUGAAAAACUGAAUUUAAACUUUUCAAAAAGUUACAUACGUUUGUUAUUUUCAAAUUUAUUAACAUAUGAUUUGACUUCUUUUACUAGCGUAAAUAACAAGUUAAUUUUUUACGAUUGUAUAGAGGCAUAUUGGUUAAACUGGAAUAAAAUUAAUUUUGAGUUUUAUUCUGCACAGACAGAUGUAAAGGAGGAUUCUAAAAUGAUUCUAAAUAGUGUUAAACAGAGGAGAAAAGAGUUAGACAUUUUUAAGAAGACACAUCAUGUAAGAAGUGGUAACAGAGUCAGCAAUAUUUCCUCUAAAUGUAGAUUAAUUUGUGUUAGUGGAAAUACUUCCAUUUCGAAAGAGAAAAGUUUGGGCGAAAGUGGAGAAAUACAAAAAUUUUCUUCUCUACCAUUGUAUAGCUUAUUCUUUUAUUUUUCCAAGAAAGGUAUACUGAAAGGUGGGCAACUUGUGAAGUAUUUUUUUUUUGUCGACAUUUUGAAGCACGAAAUUAACACUUUGAAUAUGGAUGAUUACAUGAACAAUACUUAUAGCUUUUAUGAUUUUUGCCAAUUUUGCAAGACUAAGGAUUUGUAUCAGUAUGAACAUAACGAUGACUAUUCCUUUAGGGAAGAUUUCUUAAGGUUGAUAAUUAUCAUAAAUGGAUCGUUCUUGAAUAAAAAUGUGUCCAAAUUGAAGUAUAAAAAUGAAGAUCCUGAGGAAAGGGCUCGUUCACUGCAAACAGAUGCAGACUGUAAGGAGAAGAAGAUUUUGACACUGAAGCGUUUUCUGCAGGAAAAGGCACAUUUGUUUUCUAAAAAUUUCAAAAAUAAUUUGUGCAUCAUUAGAAGUGAAGUAGCAAAUAUAAGGAAGAUCAUUUUGCGUGGUUCCGAUUUUCCCUUCGUCAGAAGUUGCAGCGCGAGAAGUUACAGUUUGAGAAAUUCCAACAUGAGAAGUUACAGCUUGAGAAAUUCCAACAUGAGAAAUUCCAACAUGAGAAAUUCCAGCAUGAGAAGUUACAGCUUGAGAAGUUACAAUUUAAAUGGCAAUUGCAACCGAAGAGGGGUCUGCUCAGCAGGCCAAAGUAGAGAAAGUACAGAAAAUGAACAGAAGGAAGAAGAAUCACUUGUCGAAUUUUUCAAAAGAAUCAAAUAUGUUGUAACAUACAUCAGAGAAUAUUUUUAUCUGUUUGUUUUCUGUUGUAAGGUAGCAAAGAAUGAAUUGACUGACGUGUGUUUUCACGAAAGGGAGUGGAUAUUCUACAGGAAAAAGCUGAAGGAGCAUUAUUUAGAGAAGAUGGAAAAAAACGAAAAACACCGUGAGUUGAAAAAAUCGAGAAAGAAGAAUUCACAAGCGAAUGUGCAUGCGAAUAUACAUGCGAACGUUCGCAUGAAUUUGAGUGAUGAUGGAGAUAAGAAGGACCAAGGCAAGGGGUAUGGUUUCCCAUUUGUGUAUAAAGAAGUGUGUAUAUCAUAUGAAGUUACAAAAUUUACAAAUAAGGAAUGCAAAGAUAUGGUGUACCCAUAUCUACUUCUUCUGUGUGAUUUUUUAAAAAAGGUAGUGCAUAUUUAUAAAGAUGAAUAUAUUCAUUAUGUAAAAAAUGUAUUUCCAUUUGAUUAUAAAAAGAAUAAUGCAAGAACGAUUUUUUUGCAUCAUGUAGAGAAUAUUAUGACCAGGUCAGGUAGUUUUGACUCGAAGGAGUGGAACAAAAUAUAUACCAUAUUUGAAACAUUGGACAUAAGAGUAAAUGAUUUUUUUUUAAAUUUAUGGAAUUUUUUAGAGGGAAAUAAUUAUAUCAUAAGGAAAAAAAAUGGGGUUAUUAUUUUUAAUGAUUAUCAUAAUAGGAUAUGGGACCUGAUGAAUCCGAAAAAGAUUCAUCACGCAGAUGUAGUAGGGGCUCAACUGAGUGCAUGUAAAAAGAGAAAAAAUUCACCAGAAAAAAAGAAUGUACCCUUGGAUAGGAAUAUUCCUCUUUGUAAAAAAGAAAACUUGGAUAAUCAAGAAUGGAAUGAACUUUAUGUAAAAACUGUUAAAUAUAUCAUGGCAUUUAACAAAAUGGUGUUAUCUGAUGUGAGUGGAUUUAAUCAUAAGUUUAUAGAAUGUCAUAUUGUAAAGGAUAAAAUAUUUACAAAGUUCAUGUGUAAUAUGUACACAAGAAUAUUAUUCAAUGAAUGUAUUUUAACAGGACUUAAUGUUAAUCGAUUGUUUUCACAUAUAAAUAAAAAAGAUUGUUUUAUUAACAUACUUUCCAAAAAUUUUAAUCAUAUAUUUUCUAAACUAGACAUGGAAAUAUAUGUUAGAAGAUACGCCUUCAUAGUAGACAUGACAUCUCUCCAUUUGAGAAAUUCAUGUCAUAAUUUUUUUAACAUAAAAAAUUUCCUAAAUGACCUGUACAAGCAAGGUAAAUAUUAUAAUGCACAUUUGAGGGAAAAAUUAUUUAGUUUUUUUCGAAAAAAUGAGAACAUAUUUACAAAGAAUCAGCACAUUAUUCAUAACAACUUCGAAUCAAUGGAUAAGCAACAUUUAAUAUCUUGUGAUAAACUCAAAAACAUAUUGUCUUACCAUGGACUUUUUCUUUCAUGGGCUGAAUUGUACGAUUUUUUUCAGCCCUUAAACAAGUUCUGUGUUAUUUAUGAUUGUAAAAAAUUUGAGGUAUAUGAAACUGGAAAACCAGGUCCUUACAUCUUGAAAGCUUAUAUCAACCUCCCUAAUUUGUUAAGAAUAGCUCAUAGGGAAAUGCAUCACAAAUCGAGUAAUAAACAAGGGGCCAACCUGAGCUAUUCCAUCAAUAGCCUUAACGAAAUAAAAUAUCCAAACAAAGGGAGUGUCAAACUGGAGCGAUCCAAAAUGGAACAAUCCAGAUGGAAGAAGACAAAUGAAAUGGAAGAGAAAGGUGAAGAAAGUAGUAAGUUAUAUGAAAAUAAGAAGAACGACAAGGGAGAUAUGCACACAAAUGGAUUGACCAAGUUAAAAUAUGGAUUCUCAAGAAGUUGUAACAGAUCAAGAGAAGAAGAAGCAUGUGGAUUCAUAGAGUCAGAGGAUGUAAAUGCGAAGGAAGAAAAAAAAAGAGAACUUUUUUACCUGAAUAAUAAACUCUCAUGUGGAAAUUGUGCAAGUGUAAAAAAUUCAUCUGCGGGAUACUUAUUCAAUUUCCAAUUUAACAGAUUAACCAUGGGAAGAAUAUUAUUUUUUUUCUUUAUCAAGCUAGCUAAUUUGCAAUUGAUAAGCCAUUUGACACCUGAACAAAUGUUUUAUGGAAUCAAACGAGUAAACAAACAGGAUAUCGCAAAAAGAGAAAUGCAAAGUGCAUGUCAUCUGCUUCUAAACAUCGAAGAAAAGCAACUAGACCAUCUCAUACCAGAGGAUUUUAUUUUGAAUAAAGAAGAUUUCACAAAUGGGGUUCAUUUAAAUUUAUUUCUCUUGAAUGAAAAACUUUGCACCCUAUUCAGCAGGGAAUAUUCUGCAUCGAUUCAUGUAAAUCAAUUUGUUAAUUUUUUCGAGAAUGAAAAGGGUAAAAUUUCCUUUUCGAAUUACAAUUAUGUAUAUAACUUUGCCUACGAAUGGGUAAAUUCCAUGGCCUUGCACGAUGGAUUUGUAAGCAGGAAUCAGUGUGAGGCAUUGCUUAGGAAGUUUGGGUUGUCAGACUUUAAGAAUGAGAAGGUGGAGAAGGUGGAGAAGAUGGAAAAGGUGGAAAAGAUGGAAAAGAUGGAAAAACUGGAAAAGAUGGAAAAGAUGGAGAAGGUGGAAAAGAUGGAAAAGAUGGAAAAGAUGGAAAAGAUGGAAAAGAUGGAGAAGGUGGAAAAGAUGGAAAAGAUGGAAAAACUGGAAAAACUGAAGAAUCUAGAAAUGAUGGAGGGAAGAAGAGAACCUGCAGAAAGAAACAAAAUUUCGAAAGAGGAAAUUGUAAAGAUGUUCAGAAAUUAUAUAAAAGGAAAAUGGGAAAAAAUACUGAUGCCAAUUUUUAAUCGAAGCAAAUUUUACACACAUAAUUUUAGGAUCUUGAUACAGGAAUUUACAGGGAUGAGAAACUUCUUACAUAAAAUGAAAGACAUAAACUGUGCAGAGAAAGAAAAAGAGGAAAGAAAGGAGAAUAAUUCGAAUCAGUUGAAAGAGUGCGUUGAUCCAAGUGUAAUUAUAUCUCUUAGCUAUUUUUGCUGCUUUGCAAUGAAAGAAAUUAUAAUAGAAAAUAUUUACACAGAAAAUAGCAUGUCGUUAGAUGGAGAAGUAAAAAAAGGUAAUGAUUCAUUACAUAUGAAUUACCUCUUUGAGCACACAUUUUCAACUAUAAGAGAAAAAGACAUAAUUGAACUUUUCGAAAAUAAUAAAGAAAUUUUCAAAUUAAAGUUGCUUCAUAACAAUAAAAGCAUAGCUGAAGCCGAUUUGCAUAUUUUGGAAAUGUUUUCAAUUAUGAACAACAAAGAAAAGAAAAGUCAUAAAAUUUUAUGUUUCAUUCCAUUAGAUAGGAGUAAUAAAAAUAUGCUUUUUUUAGAUGUACAGUUUUAUUAUCAACGGAAGAAAAUGUUUUCCACGGAACCCAUAUUUGAAACAAGGCAUAGAGAAGUUAAUCGAAAAUUUUGCAUUGAACAAUUGGCUGAGGCAAACUCUCAUCCAGUGGAAAUAGUAAGAUUAAAUUCUUCUAUCAUGCACGUAUCUGAAAAUUGCCAUAAUAAGAAAGAGUUAACUAAAAGUAUCUCUUUACAAAUGAACACUAAUUGUGGAAAUGGAAAAUCGGUUCAUUAUGGUGCAUGUGAAAACAGUAACAGUAUGGUAAAGAAAAAUUGUAAUGCCACAAGGUUUGAUGAUAGGAAGCGAACAGAUGGAUUGAUUGCUUCACAAGUUUCUCAUACGUUAAGCAGAAAUGGAACGAAUUGUAUGAAUCGAAAUCUGAGCGGUGAAUACAUUUUGUUAAAAAAUGACAAAGAGGUUCUUACUUUGGCUAGUCAGCGAACAAAGCAUGGUAGAUGUAAUAACGAGAAUGAAUGCACUGAAACGAAAUCCGUAACUCUGAGAGAUGACACAAAAGGAGAAGAAGGAGAAAAAAACGAAUACAUACAGAACCCAAAGGGGCAAUACACCAAGAAAAGAAAAUACAAAAUCAAAGAUAAAGACAGAAAUAUGAACACAUCUAGGGAUAUCUCCACUCACAUGUACAUAAGAAUUAACCGACUGUUUCUGUCAAUGUGCCUCCUUAAGAAUUUGCUUCAGAAACUGAGAGGAGGAGGAGAAGAAGGAAAAAAUUUAGACACUUGGAGAAGAAAGGAUGUGUUCAUAGCUGUUUAUGUAGAGGUGUAUGAAAAGGUGUCCCAUGCAGAUCCUGAUAGAUGUAGUGAUGGUUGUAGUGGUGGUGGUAACCACAAUGAAUGGGAUCCUGACAGUUAUCAUGAACAUGGGUAUGGAUGUUGCACAAAUGAUAAGAAUUGCUACAUAGAUGGAACUAUGCGGAGUGCUGCCCAACCUGAGGGUUCCGUAGAAAGAUACACUCUGCUCUCAAGAUCCAUUCCACAAAUGAUUAGUUGGGAAGAAAUAAAUCUCUCCCAUGACAGUAUCUUUCAAAAAGGUGAAAAUGGUGGAAAUGAUGGAAAUGAUGAAAAUGGUGGAAAUGAUGGAAAUGAUGAAAAUAGACAAGCAGACUGUGCAGUUGUGACAAAAGGGAUACACGGGAGUGAACCAUGUGAGGGCAGACAAGAAGAGAAAUACAAAGGGAAGGUCGAACAAUCAUUACAGAAAUUGGGUGAAGAGACAGACGCAUCAAGGGAAGAAAAAAAGGGAAGGGACAUCCAGCUAGCCAAGGAAGAGAAAAAAGUAAACCCCAAAAGUUCAACAAGCGAGAAAAAAAAAAAAAAAAAAAAAAAAAAAAAACAUAUAUUGGAUAGAUACCUAAAUGUAUACAAUUUAAAAAUAAAACACAAGGAACUUAUCCAAGCAGAGAACUGUUCAUAUAUUGAAGGGAAAAUAAUUGUAAGGGCUCUAAUAUCGUUGAGUCAUAUAUCAGAAGAUGUUACGAUUGGUGAACACAUCUUUAAAAUCAAAAAUGUUUUAUAUGAAAAUGAAGAUAUAAUAUUUUGUUCUGAGAACCUCUUUCAACCUGUUUAUGGAAAAUCCAUAUUUUUUGAAAAUGAAAAAAAAGACAAAAAAUAUAUUCUAGACGGUGUAUGUGAAAUGAAGAAGGGUUCUUCUUCUUCUGAUGAUGAUGAAGUUACAAGGGGUUAUAAAAAUCAAACGGAUGUUUAUCCCGAGGAAGAAGUUGAACAGAUGGCACUUGUACCACAUCUAGAUGAUAAUAAUUAUGAAAAAGUUAAAAUAAAUGAGAAUAUUUCUAGAAAAAAUGCGGAGGAAAAAAAACAAAACGAAGAAGCAAUUAUAUGUUUCUAUGACAAAAAUGACAAUGAAAAAGAGGAAAGCCAAGAAAGACAAGUCAUUGGAUAUGUCUCAUAUGAAUAUGUAAUAAAUAAGAAUGAAGAUGAAAGAUAUUAUAAAAAGAAUGGUUUUUUUUUUCCUAUACCCAAUUUUGUAAAAAUAUAUUUUUUGAAAAAAAAUAAAAAUAAUCAACAUGUGUUAAAUGAGAAAAUUGGGAUGCUACACAAAUCUGUUAAUGAUAAACUUUUUGGUGAUGUGUUGAAAAAAGUAAACUAUAGGAAAUAUGUAAAUGUAGAUAUUUUGAUUAAUGCUUUGAAUAAUUCCAUUUAUGCUACUUAUGUAGCCUACAUUAUUCGAUUGUUAAAUCAUUUUAUAGGUUCAGAUAGUUCUUUAUACUUUCCUGUGAAAAAUAUUUUAUUAAUUAUAGGGUUAAGAAAAUUAUCAUCACACUUUGCAAAAUCAAUGAAACAUCUGUUUCUGGAAAUUGAACAUUAUCUCAAUAAUAACAUGCACAAACUGGGAAUGGUUGAAUGGUCUAACUUUGUGAAAUGUAUGCUAAAGGCUCAGAGUGAAUCCUCUAAAAUUGCUUUUACAUCUCCGGUUGGUAGAACUGCAUUAGACAGAAACGAUAGAUGUAGAACCCGAAGCAGGAAUAUAGAAUCAUGCAAUCCAGGGAUAAGGGAUCAAGUUUCCCAUAGAUGCUCAAAACUUCACAGACAAAUGUCAUACCUUUUUUCAUCAACAUCUUCUUGCACUUCUUUUUCUGCUUUCACAAGAGUAUGUACAGGAAAUAACACAAACUCUUCUUAUGAGAAUUAUAAGGACGAGAGAAAAUUUAAGCAAAAAAUGAAAGACAAAAUGAAGCAAAUAAAUCCAGUGAAUCAAAGGGAUUGGUUUUUACUAAACAAUUGGGAAAAGUGGCAUACGCACAAAAAUGGAAAAAGUUUCUUUUUUAUAUUCCUUUUUCUACAUGAUAUGAACAUUUUUUAUAAAGAAAAUAAAUACACAAUGAGGAAUGAAAAACAGAAGAACAGAUCUCCUUUACAUAUUUAUAGUCCCUUUAGUUCAUACAAAAUGUAUCACGUGAAUGAAUUUGCAAAUAGAUUAAAUAAUGGUAAAAAGCGAUUACCUGUUCUUCCCUAUAUAGAGAGUGCAAAAUUGGAAUACAAAAAAUUAGAAGGGAUGAAUACUAGUAGACGUCAUUUCUCCAAUAGGAGCACAAAAGAAAUAGACAGAUGUGUCUCUUGUGGAGUUAGAGUAAUGAGAAUGUGUUCUCAUCAUUUGCACCUUCACAAAAGAGAGCUAAAAAAAAAAUAUGAACAGUUAGAUAAUCGUUACACAUACAAGAGGGGAAAAAAGUACUUGGAAUAUGACCCUAGAAAGUCUCAAGAAGGUGAUAUAAUGGCCCUGAAAAAUGAAAAACAUGACAGUGAUGUAGCAACAUCUGAAAUGUAUAGAAGUAAAACUACUGAUAUGGAUAUGGCAAAACGUGUACAAAAUAAGAAAAAGAGGACAUCCAUAUAUCAGUAUAAUUUAUUAAAAAACGAAUCUUAUACAGAUCCGAUAGUGAAUAAAAAGUAUGAACAGAAAAUGAACAAAUUUAUGAUGCGUGGAAAAAAAAAUGAUAAAAAGGAAUAUAAAUCAGAGCAGCUGGAUCUGGAAAAAUAUACAUUUAAAAAAGAGUUAAUGGAAAUAGAUCAAAGUAAACUAGUUGAUAAUAAUAAUUUUACAUACAAACUUUAUGUUAAAGUGAAGAAACUACUCAAUCCAAUAUGUUUAAUUAAAAAAAGGAAAUUUUCAAUGUCUUUUCAAAUUAUGUUGAGUAAUAAUUACAAUAUUUUCAACACAUAUAAUAAUAUUACAUUCCAGAAUUUUAUAAGUCCAAAAUAUGGGUAUACAAUAAACAAAAUUCAAGCUAUGAGUAAACCACUUGGCAUUGAUAAUUAUUCAAAUAUAAACACUGCAGUUGUUUUGUCUCUUCCAAGAAGGGAAGAAAUAAAUCGUUUUGUGAACACUCAUGAUAUAUCUACCUCUUCUGAUUUUUUGCAAUUCUGCUUAGAAAAUUUGUCUCUUCAGAUAUGUUUUCAUGAUGUUUCAUUUUGGAACAUUUCCUCAGAAGAAGAAUCGAAAAAGCAAGAUGCAAAGUACAUUGGUAGGGAUGACAUUCGAUAUAACCAUUUCUCCUCCACCAUGGAACAACAUGUAUGGAAAACGCAGAAAGAAGGCCUCAUUGCAAGUGCAUUAAUUCCGCUAAAUAUUCUUUUGAAAAAGCAUAAGAUAAAGGUUAAAAUUCCUUUAACUAAUUCUACAUCUUUGAAAAAUGGAGAAAACAUGAAUAAAGUAGAAGUUCUUCUUAUGUAUGAAAAGGUGAAUGUGAAAAGUCAUUUCGUGGAAAAUAAAAUAAAACGAAAUUACACAAACGUGGGGAUUACAAAAGAAGAAGAAAAAAAAAAAAAAAUAGUUAAAGAGAACAAGCACAUUCAUGGAACACACAUGGAUGAAAAGAAGAGGAUUAUACCCUCCUCCCAUUUUUCACGUAUAAUUCAUGAUUAUAAGAUGAUGAUUCCAUUUGAAAACGGCACCCUGGCAGGUGAAGGAAGAAAAGGUGAAUUUCCUAAUGAUAAGAGACAAUUAGGAUUCAAAUUAAAUGAUUCUGAUUGUGCGGAGAAAUAUGAUUUCAUUGAUCUCGCAAAUAUUCCUUUGUUAACUCUUCCCAAAAUACCACCACCGAUAUCGUAG